AUGACCAAAGUGCCUUUCUCGAUCAGUGUUUUAAAACUUAUUCAGCGCUUACUGUCACUUUCAACCGACAGUUUGGCUCAUUUGUCGUGUACUGACAUGAGGUUAGCGGGCUCAGAGGAUGUAUCCCUUCGCGUUCACAGCGGGAUGAAGGCUGUCACAGGACCGAGCUGGAUGCCGUUCAGUUAGUUAGCCUCUCCGGAGUCCGAGGUCAGAUUUGUGUGCCACACAAGCUAGUGGUUAAUACGCUAAUAACAAGUUAAUUACAACGCUACAUUCCGGUGCUCGGUGUGGAGAGCCAUGGCGCGGUUAAUGCUGGAGCAGCUGUCAGAUUUCGGGGACUAUACUGGCAGUAAAGAGCUGAUUGAGACCCUCAAACUGAUCCAUAACGAGCAUAAAAACAGCCUGUCAAAUGUUCGCCUGAGCCCAGAUGGACGUCACAUCCAUGUCAUCCCCUGCAAACCUAAGGUGGGUCUUGUGACUUUUGACAAAUAUGAAAGACCUCAGCUUGCCCAGAACCAGAAGAAACUGGAUUUGUGUUUGAAACGAACCGCGUCCAUUGUGGAUAUUUUAUAUUUGGACAAUAAUAAUAACAGCAGUAGCAGCAGCAGAGACGCAGCAGCUGUGGCAGUGGUUUAUGAGAAUGGAAAAGCUGAAUUCUGGAGAUUCCAGGAGUGCAAAGGUGGCUGGCAUCUCCUGCAAACAUCAGACUUGUGUAACAGUCCCCGAGCCCGAGUGGUAUCUGUCUGUGCCUGCUCUAAUCUUAUCAUUUGGUGUGAGGAGAGGCCGCCCUCUGAAAGCUCCCCAGCCCUCACCUCCACGAGGAAUAAGUUAAGAUACUGUGUUUGCAGAAGGGACUUUGAGGUGGAGGAGGGUGCUGUCAGCUUGGGUGGUGUGAAAAUCGCCCUCCACAACAACCCUAAAUUUACUGUGGUCAGCUCAGGUGAAUAUGUGCAUCUCCUUCCUGACAUCAAAGUGAAGCCUCUGUUGAGCAUCUCCAAAUUUUUCCUCUCUUGGCACCCUCGCCAUGACACCUUCAGGGUCAGCACCACAUGUAAAAACACUCCUCUGAAGAAGCUGUCUGCUAAAGAGUCUGAUUUCAGGAGGUUGGUGACGGACUGUUUGGGGUAUUUAUCAGCUCUUGAACCUCCUGAGAUCUACGACUUCUCUCCCUCACCCUGUGGGGGCCUGCUUCUCCUGCUGAGCACCGGCUGGGUGUGUCUCCUGCAGAAAGACGGCAUCCUGCGGCAGGUAUACAAACUGGCAGACAACUGCUUGGUGAAAUACGGCACACACACUAGCCUCUGUGUAUACCAGGACACCCUGGCACUUGUGAUAGGGCAAAAUCUUCAUCUGAUAGACUUGAACUGUGGCAGAGAGCUGGAAAAGAUCAUACUGAAGAGAGAAGGGUUAUUAUAUGUAAACAAGGCUGACAUAUGGAUACCGCACCUGCUCUCAGAAACUGGAAUUUUUGUGGUGGUGCACCGAGAUACAGACACCAGAGAUUGUAACUCUAAGAUGAAGCCAUCUCCUUUCAGCACAGUAGAGAAUAUCCAUCCUGAAGCCCUCCUGGUGGAGGCAGUCUUUGAGGAGGCCUGUAAAUACUACCAGCAGAGGAGCCUGAGCAGCACCCAGCUUACUGUGGAAGCCCUCAAGAAAGGAGGUAGGUUCCAGGCUCCCAUUUCUUUAGCCUCCAUUCUCAGGAGCUACCUAAGCACGGGGUUAAAGCAGAAGAGCGUAGAGCUGUCCCAGAACGGAGGAGGUGGAUGUAUAGCAGGGCAAGACAAACUAAUGGGCUCUCUGGAGGCUGAGUUAAAGGCUCUAGUCUCUCUGGAGGAGGUGAAGGGGAGUUUAGUGAGAGGAAAUGUUAAAGAGGUGGAGGCGGUAUGUGAGAGUCUAGUUGAGAAAGAAGUAACCAGGCUGCUGGCAUCCUUGGAGCUGGAUAAAGAGUCUCUGCUCUACCUCAACUCCAUCUUCAAUAUCUUCCCUUGCCAGGCGUGGAGGGCAGCGCAGGCUGCCCUACAAUUGCACUACAAUGGGAAGGACUCUCUGUCCAGUAGGGCUCCCCCAGACGUGUGGAAAACUGUCCUCACUCCCACUCCAACCUGCAGCUCCCCAACCUCCCUCCUGCUCACAAAUGGUGGGCUAAAGCACAAGCAUAACCUCAAAGGUGGUCACCUCACUAAUUGUAAAUCCAACUCUACAAGCUCCACUUCCCCAGCUGCCCUGCCUGUGUUUGAGCUCCUCUGCUACUCAGUUUUCCACUUCCAGCCCACCUGGCUGCCGAGGUUCCUGGACCUCGCCCAGCAGCAGCAGGGCUCUGCCAGCCUGGGCCUGAGCCUGGCCUCUUCCUCUUGGGGCCUCUCAUGUGGUAGAGGAGGGGAGAGUGGGGAGAACAAUGUGCCCCUCUACAAGCGAGCGCUGAGCGUUCUUUCCAGCCUGAGCCCAGACAGAGAGCAGCAGCAGGACUUGGAGGUGGAGCUGCUGCUUGUCAGUGGGCGGCCCAACGCCAUCCUCCAGGCUCUGAGGGUCCUCAUCUGCAAGCAGCAGUGGGAGCGGGUCACGCAGGUAGCUCAGAAGUUCUGCAAACAGAGUCCGCUGCUCAAUAAGGAGAUCUUCACGACCCUACUCUGUGAGGUGGCCCAGCACAGAGACCUGGACCCCUACCUGGACCUUCUCUGGACGCUGUGCCCAGAGGACCUCACUGUCACCACAAUUCUUAACUUGGUGCUGAAAAACCUCCCCUCCCCUAACAACCCUUCUCCCUCAUCCUUCUCCAUGUCCAACGCAACCUCCACAUCCCCGGCUACCUUUGCAGACUCGCAGAGCAGUCAGUUGACCAUUGGGCUGUUGAAACCUCUGCUGAGAAAAGUCCUUCAGAGGGAGACCAAGCCCAGUCAGCGCUACGCUGACAUCCUCCAGUCCCCAUCAUAUCCCCCUCCAACACUUCCUCGUCAGCCUGUGGAGAGACAGAAUACCGUCACAGACCCCAUCACAGACUCACCUCUAUGA